AUUCGUCUUGCCUCUCAGGUGACAGGCGUUCCUGCAUUAACUCGGAACAUUAAUAUCCACCGUCUCCAACAGUCCACGGUAGCAGACGUGACAUGAACGCCCAAUCCGGCUGAACUACUGAGACCGAAAAACCCACAGAGCGCACAUCACACGCGGUUAUCAUGUCUGGGGAAGAGGCUCCGACUCAGCAACAACAACCACCUGAGGAGGAGAAGCAGCCGGAUGAGCCUCCGCCAGCUACUCAGGAUGCGCCGCAGGAGUCCGGGAGCGGCCCCGCAGCCGAGGAGAAGCCCCUCUCCUGCCGCGCUCUGGUUCUGACUGGCUUCGGGGGCUACGACAAAGUCAGGCUGCAGGUGAAGACGCAGGGGAAGCCGCAGCUGAGGGCUGGGGAGGUCCUGGUGCGCGUCAAGGCGUGCGGGCUCACCUUCCUCGAGCUGCUGGCCAGACAGGGGCUGUACGAGCUGCUGCCCGCCCCGCCGGUCACCAUGGGAAUGGAGGGGUCCGGGCUCAUUGAGGCGGUCGGGGAGGAUGUGAGGGACAGGAAAGUGGGAGAUCGCGUCAUCGCAUUGAGUCGCAGUGGCAUGUGGCAGGAAGUGGUUGUUGUGUCCGCUGACCGCACCUUCCCCAUGCCCGAGCAGAUGAGCUUCGAGGAGGGCGCCGCUCUUCCCAUUAACUACUUGACCGCCUACAUGAUGCUGUUUGAGAUGGCCAACGUGAGGCCGGGCAAGAGCGUUCUCAUACACAUGGCCGCAGGUGGCGUGGGUAUUGCUGCUACCCAGCUGUGUAAGACGGUGCAGGAUGUGACUGUUUUUGGCACGGCGUCAGCCUCCAAACACGAGACCAUUGCGCAAGGUGGGGUAACCCACCCCAUUGACUACCGCACCAAAGACUACGUGGAGGAAAUACGCAAAAUCAGCCCGAAGGGUGUGGACAUCGUCCUUGACCCACUUGGUGGCUCAGACACCCAGAAGGGCUUUAGUUUGUUGAAACCAUUGGGAACGCUUGUAGUCUUUGGUGCCGCCAAUUGUGUGACGGGGCAGAAGAAGAACGUGUUUGCCAUGGCAAAGACCUGGUACAACCAGCUCUCUCUCAACACCUUGAAACUGAUGCAGGCCAACAAGGCCAUCUGUGGCUUCCACCUGGGCUACAUAACUGAUGACCAGCUCAUCAGCAGGACUAUGUUCAAGCUGCUGGAGCUCUACAGGCAGGGAAAGAUCAAGCCCCGCAUUGACUCAUGCUAUCACUUUGAAGAGGUAACAGAUGCCAUGAGGCGCAUGCACGAACGCCAGAAUAUUGGGAAAGUCCUCCUUCUUCCUGAACCCAAGAAGGAGGAAGAGAAGCCAAAGUCCAACUCUGAGCCGGGAGAAAAUGCGGAAAACACUGAAGCUGCCAUCAGCGACAAGAAAGAGGAAGCCACAGAGGAAGUUAAAGCAGAGAAGGAUUGAGUAAGAGUGUUAAUCUGAUUGGUAUUCACACACACUUCCUCAAUGAGUUUACCUGGUGUUUAAUUGUCAAAAAAAGGAAAGAAAAGAGAAGAAAAAGCAAGAUGCCAUGAAUCCUUUGUCAGUAUUUUUAAAUGUUUAUAAAGUUUUGUUGUGCAAUAUGUCUAUGUCUAUCUUGGUAACAUUUGUGUUUUAAAUAAAAGUUCACUGCAUUCUCAUACAUUACCAAAGGAAUAAUGUAUUCUGAUGACAGAUCACAUGUCCCCCAGACAACAACUCAACAACAGCUCUAAAAUAUUGUCUGUAAUAACAACAAACCAGGGCCAGUAUGUAUAAAACCUUUCAGAAAUGGUCCCAAGAGUGGUCUUGUACUUUGACUCGUGGGUCAAAAACUUCUCGGUGAAAAGUACCAUCAUGCAUUGUAGCUACCAUGAUAUAUGCUUCAUUAUAUUGCAGCAUGCAAGAGGAAAGUUUAUAUAAGAAACUGCCCCUACAGUGAUGUGGACAAUAUCAAUAGAUGCUAUUUGGGAUAUUAUUCAUAAAAGUUUAAAUGAAUUAAAGAAGGAUAGAGCAUAACAAUUGUAAGUAGUAACCGCCUGUGGAAGGCAUUGUAUUUGCUUUGUUCUGUGUGUUAUUCAGUGAUCUGCUUCAUUGUUUCUGUUCUGUUUUUUUUUUGCAAAGGUCGACCUAAAAAUGACGCACUUCCAUAAACCUUUACUGGCAAGUUUAUACAUUUAGAAUAACAUUUAGAUAAUUUUAAAUUUAAUGACAUGAAUGUUACCGUGCUACUGUAGGAUUUCUGCAGGCGUGUGGGUAUUCUUAAUUGUGUGGGGAAAAAAUGACUUAAUUCUCAGAAUUGUGAUGCAUGUGAGAUCGAAAAUAUACUCUGAGCAGCUUUAUACACACUGGCUCUGGCUCUGUCUUAAAGAAAUGUGUCAGGAAAAGAUGACUCUGUAUGCAAAUGUGAAAUAACAUUUCCUGGUCUUUGUGCUUUUUCAGUUUUUCUUUCCUCAGUAUCAUACUUUAAAUCUGGCCAAGUUAUUGGAAUGUCCUCGGAGCGCGUCACUGCGCUGUGGUCGUUUCUUGGAUCCCGUUACAGAUUAUUAUUUUGAGGAUGUCAUUAGUAACUGUAGUAGAUCAGAUUUUGUAAUUUACCCACCCAAGUGUGUUUUAUCAGUUAAUAUUAGUGCAAAACGAGUUAGAAAUAGCAGUAGUGAUCCUUAGUCCAGUGUAACAGAUUGAGAAGCACUACUGAAAUGUCUGUAAUGAUGAGUGAAAGUGUCUUUGGGCAUGCUCUCCUCUUUGAUGAAUGUUGGUAGACAAUCGUCUCUUUAGGGAAUGCCUGGGUCAGUAUCUUAUUGUACUUUUCUCACUUAUUUGUGGCAAAUGCAAGCCUUUCACCACUGACUUCAAGCCGACUGUGAAUGACAUUUAGCGGACUUCCCCGCCUUGGCAAUCACCCGUGGGGUUUUCUUCCAAACAAUGUCAUGCUUAACUUGAGCUAAAACUGUUUGGCAAACUGUGCGAAAGCAGGUUUUCCUCCCUCGUUUCUUCUGCUGUGGUUUAGCUGCUUUCUUAAUUCUUUUCUUGCCUCUUCGAAAUCAGAGUGAACCCUGCUAAGUUUACAGAACUACAGCACACAAUGUGUUACUUAUAUAUAUAAAGGGAGUACGUUAAAAUGUUACGAAGAAAAACCAGGAUCAUGCUUUCCUUUUAUCUCCAACUUGUCUUAAUCAUGCUUUAAUUGUCAUACACUUUGUAUUAAGCGUCAAUUUUGUGUAACGGUGGAGUUUGGGCCCAGUAAUUCAAAUGUUUUUUCCAGCUGUAGGUGUAAUUCAAUGCUGUGACACAGAAGAGGCUGUCGAAGCAAAAGAAAGAGUUUCCCCUCCAUCCACACCAGACCACCUCUUCACAUUCCUCUCUCCACCUCUCGUAGUCCUGCUUUCUGUCUCUCUCUAAUCUCUCUCCCUCUCUGGCAUACAUUGUUUUGAUUUUCUAAAGAGUAUUUGUAACAAAAAGUUACAUGUUAUUUACUUUUGUGACAUUUUUUUUUUUUUUUUGUUCUUUCUGGCCACUUGGACAAGUAUUUUUAAGUUUCGCCAGUUUUCCUGCUCAUAGUAUGAAGUAAGACCUGUUGUGGAUUUGGAGAGGGGAACUGGAGUCUGAUUGGGAUUAUGUGAAGUUCAUUUUGUUACAAAACUCCCAGUUUUUAGACUUUCUUUUGGGGUGUUGUUUUACUUAUUUGUGAACACACAAGCCCGACGUUUGCCUGCAUGAUAGAUGGAAAUAUUACCAACCUAGACUCACAGUUUUAACUACUGAAUUAACCAAAUAGUAGACAAAUUUAACUAAUGACUUUGUUGAACUGGACCAUUGGUGAAGAUCAAACAUGUCAUAAAACAUUGGACCCAGCUAAUUCCUCUUUUCAAAAUAUUUAUAUAAUAGUUAUAUUUAAGAUGUCUGAUUGCAUUCAAAUGUAAACAGUCUACAUUUUGCUUUUGUGCCAAAAUGUAGCCCUUCAAAAUCCAAAAUGUAAAAUGUGAGGCAAGUGUCUAGUUUCCCAUAAAAAUCUGACAGCAAUAUGCUGUAAAUGAUAUCGAUGCAUGGCUAUUCCCUCAUGCAGCUAGGGACAUCUAGUGGUCAGUUACAAAUUGUGCCUUUACACAAGUAAUUAAAAUACACUCCACAAUGUUGCCCAUGAACAAAACCUACUGUAGCCUGCCUUGUGAAAUGUGAAACGUCCUGAAGUACGCUGUUUUCCAUCCCCUGAAAGCUGAGCUAAUUAUAGUGGAUCCGCCUAAGUUUGGACAAAUGUUUUAUACAUUACAACAAGAGGUCACAUUUGCAUAAUGAAAAUCUUAAAAAGAGUUAAAAAUCUUUUGUGUGAAAAGAAAAUAUUUGCCCAUGUUAAAGCCUUUUAAAUACCCAUUCAAGUAGUCAAGCACACUUUAAUUUUUAAUUAAUUUAUUUUACUUUGGCUUUUUUUAGCUUUUACUAAAAGUAACCAUGUUGUUACACAUGAGGGUCCAAACCCGUUUUAUGUCUCAGUAAGCGGUGUUGCCCAAAUAUUUGAUGUGUGACUAUUCAUGAUAGAACAAUGCUGCCUUUUUUUCAUUUUUAUACACACUUUAUGCACACUUGCAUAGGCCUUCUGUGUUCAUAUGGCACUAACCUGUCUGUAUUAUUAAAGUGUUAUCAAAUAUCCUCAU